AGAACGCCAGAGAUGCUAAUAUCUCAAGGGUGCCAUAGUGCAUAAACAGAUGCUACGUUAGAGAAUUAAAACAAUAUAUAGAGAGGGAGUAAAAAUGAGGGUCCCUAUAUAUGAAGAUGUAAAAGGUGAAACUGAAGAGGAAAAAAUAGAGGAAGAAGAAAAUGAAGACGACAAGGUAUUCUUUAAGCCUGUAAUUGAAGACCUGAGCAUGGAAUUGGCCAGAAAAUGCACUGAACUUAUUAGUGAUAUCCAUUAUAGAGAAGAGUAUAAAAAAUCUAAGGACAAGUGUACAUUUGUGACUGACACUCCGAUGCUAAACCAUGUAAAAAAUAUUGGUGCUUUUAUUUCUGAGGCAAAAUACAAAGGCACCACUAAGGCAGACCUCUCAAAUUCUCUUUAUAAGCAGAUGCCAGCCACAAUUGACAGUGUCUUCGCAGGAGAAGUUACGCAGCUUCAGAGUAAGAUUGCCUACACGCAGAAACAUGAUGCUGCCAGAGGACUCUCAGAUUACACCCACAUGAAGGAGCCACCUGAGAUCAAACAUGCCAUGGAGGUCAAUAAACACCAGAGUAACAUUUCUUAUAGAAAAGAUAUGCAGAACACCCACAUGUAUAAUGCAGAGCUCAACAGACCAGACAUCAAGAUGGCAACACAGAUCUCCAAGAUCGUAAGCAAUGCAGAAUACAAGAAAGGCCAAGGAGUAAUGAAUAAAGAGCCUGCUGUAAUUGGAAGACUAGAUUUUGAACAUGCUGUUGAAGCUUCUAAACUUUCUAGUCAAAUUAAAUACAAAGAAAAAUUUGAUAAUGAAAUGAAGGAUAAGAAACAUCACUACAAUCCCCUUGAAAGUGUUUCUUUUAAGCAAAGCCAGCUUGCCACUGAGCUGGCGAGUAAUGUGAAGUACAAGAAAGACAUUCAAAAUAUGCAUGAUCUGGUUUCGAAUCUCCCAACCUUGUUUUUAGACCAUGCUUUGAAAGUCAGCAAAAUGCUCAGCCGACGAGAGUAUAGAAAGCUUUUUGAGGAAAACAAAGGCCUGUAUCAUUUUGAUUCGGACGCUGCAGAACACCUGCACCACAAAGGCAACGCCAUCCUCCAGAGUCAGGUUAAGUACAGAGAAGAAUAUGAAAAAAAUAAGGGGAAAUCGAUGCUUGAAUUUGUUGAGACACCAUCCUAUCAAGCUUCAAAGGAGGCCCAGAAGAUGCAGAGUGAGAGAGUUUACAGAGAGGAUUUUGAGAGAGAGAUUAAAGGAAGGUCAUCACUGGAUUUAGACAAGACUCCAGAAUUUCUACAUGUAAAGUACAUCACCAACUUACUGAAGGAGAAGGAAUAUAGAAAAGAUUUGGAAAAUGAAAUAAAAGGGAAAGGAAUGGAACUUAAUUCAGAAGUUCUUGAUAUUCAAAGAGCAAAACGAGCAUCUGAAAUGGCUAGUGAGAAAGAAUACAAGAAAGACCUGGAGUCAGAAAUUAAAGGGAAAGGAAUGCAAGUUGGCAUUGAUACCCUUGAAAUACAACAUGCCAAAAAAGCUUCAGAGAUAGCUUCAGAGAAAGACUAUAAAAGAGAUCUAGAGACUGAAAUUAAAGGGAAGGGCAUGCAGGUGAGCACAGACACACUUGAUAUCCAGAGAGCCAAGAAAGCAUCCGGAAUGGCCAGCCAGAUAGAAUAUAAGAAAGAUCUGGAAACAGAAAUCAAAGGGAAAGGAAUGCAAGUGAGCAUGGACAUUCCAGAUAUGCUUCGAGCCAAGAGGGCAUCGGAAAUCUAUAGCCAGAGAAAGUAUAAAGAUGAAGCAGAGAAGAUGCUUUCUAACUUUUCUCCUGUGGCAGACACUCCUGAAAUCCAGAGAAUUAAGACAACUCAACAAAACAUUAGUGCAGUAUUCUAUAAGAAAGAAGUAGGAGCUGGCACAGCAGUAAAAGAUACUCCAGAGAUUGAACGAGUGAAGAAAAAUCAGCAGAAUAUUAGUUCAGUGAAAUACAAAGAAGGGAUAAAGCAUGCAGCAACCAUUUCUGAUCCUCCAGAGCUAAAGAGAGUUAAAGAAAACCAGAAGAACAUCAGCAAUCUCCAGUACAAAGAGCAGUGCUACAGGGCAACCCCAGUCAGCAUGACACCGGAGAUAGAGAGAGUGAGGAGGAACCAGGAGCAGCUGAGUAUGGUAAAAUACAAAGGAGAGAUCAAACAGGCAACUGCAAUUUCUGACCCACCAGAGCUGAAGAGAGCUAAAGAAAACCAGAGGAACAUCAGCAAUGUUUAUUAUAAAGGUCAGCUGGGAAGAGCUACGGCUUUAAGUGUAACUCCUGAAAUGGAAAGAGUAAAGAAGAAUCAAGAAAAUAUUAGUUCGGUAAAAUAUACCCAGGACCAUAAACAGAUGAAAGGUAGACCAAGUCUUAUUUUAGAUACACCUGGUCUGAGAUAUGUCAAAGAAGCGCAAAAUCAUAUUUCAAUGGUCAAAUAUCACGAAGAUUUUGAAAAGACAAAGGGGAGGGGCUUUACCCCUGUCGUGGAUGACCCCGUGACGGAGCGCGUGAGGAAGAACACCCAGGUGGUCAGUGAUGCCGCUUACAAAGGUGUCCACCCUCACGUCGUGGAGAUGGACAGGAGACCUGGCAUCAUUGUUGACCUCAAAGUUUGGCGCACAGAUCCUGGCUCCAUCUUCGACAUUGACCCCCUGGAAGACAAUAUUCAGUCUCGAAGUCUACACAUGCUCUCUGAAAAGGCAAGUCAAUAUAGGAGACAGCGGUCUCGAUCUCAUUCGAGCAGUACUUUUGGUACAGUUCUUGGAGAUGACAAGUCAGAAAUAUCCGAGAUUUACCCUAGUUUUUCAUGCAGCAGUGAGGUGACAAGACCGUCUGAUGAAGGAGCACCUGUCCUUCCUGGAGCCUACCAGCAAAGCCAUUCCCAAGGCUAUGGGUACAUGCACCAGACCAGCCUGUCAUCCAUGAGGUCAAUGCAGCAUUCACCAAAUCUAAGGACCUACCGAGCCAUGUACGAUUACAGUGCCCAGGAUGAAGAUGAAGUCUCCUUCAGGGACGGCGACUACAUUGUCAACGUGCAGCCCAUCGAUGACGGCUGGAUGUACGGCACGGUGCAGAGAACUGGGAAAACCGGGAUGCUCCCAGCAAAUUACAUUGAGUUUGUUAAUUAAUUAUCUCUCCUUGCCCUUUGAGCUUUACUCUAAUGUAUACUAAACCUAGUCUUUUUAAAAGAUAGACGAUACUUCUAAGACAACCUGGCAGUUAUUUUACAAUAAUCUACCCUUACUUUAACAAUUAGACACACAGGUACCAGGAAGAAGGAAUGAUUUCUGGGCUGAGAACAGCAGCAUUUUCAGUAGUUCCUGUAAACAAAAUAAUUAGGUCUGGAGACCUGGUGCUGCUAAUUGUAUUACUGGUUUCUUUUGAUUGGCUACUGAACCCUUCUGGGAAAUGUAUUUUUGUAGACUUUAAUAGAGAUGUUGAUUGUCCUGUAAAUGUAACACGUAUAUGAGACUUCUUAGCUGUCACUUUGGAAUCACCAGAAGCCAAUUCUCUUAAUUCAGCAACACAGCCAAUAAUUUAAAAACUGUGUAGCUUUGGAGUCAUUAGGCAAUUUCCAAUUCCAGUGAAAAUCACCUAGUAUAAUAAAGUAAGCAAUGGCAAAAUGACAGUUUGGUUAAAAUUAUAUUGAGUGGUGGCCUUAGGGACCUAGAAACUUCUACUGAACAAAGAAAUGUUUUUGUUUCCUUGGCCAACUUGGGUCUAUUUAUUUCUCAUUUGUACCAAGACGUAGCCUACUCUCCACUUACAUUCUAUGGACCCACACGUAUGCUUGGCUCCACGGAAUGUCAGGACCAAAUAACGUCAUAGCUGCUCUGCAAAGGGCAGAUUUCAGGCCAUCUAUAUGAUUUCCCUAAUAGCCUUUACCCUGUUGCAUGCCAUGUAGGCUCAGGCUUCUGUAACAUAGGCAGCUGCACUGCCCGUUACUCCUACUAGAUCUACAAGAGUGGCUGAUAUCUCAACGCCUUUCCUCUAGUUGUCAGCUCAUCAGAAAAACAUAUUUUGAAAAGUUGCUUGAGAUUCUCCUGCUGCAUUGCACUCUAGUUUUGAAGGGUGUACACUUUAGGAAAUAGAUGUAUACUCUAGUAAAUAAGUGACUUAGGUGUUUAUUGAACAGCUUUCAUUAACUUAAUGCCGCUGCUGAUUUAAAAGUUAAGCAGACUUAACAGGAGCCAGUGACAAAGUGGGAUAGGAAGUGUGCUAGAGAAAACCAGUGAACAGAAAGUGA